GACAACAGAAAAUAAUUUCACGCGAGUGUCUUAUUCACGGUAGCUAACAACUUAGACAUUAAUAAGUUAAGUUAAGUUUAGUUAAAUUAUUCAGAGACAAAAAAACAAAUUUCUAAAAGUCUUAGGUCACGUGAUUUGGGAUCAAAAUAGCAUUUUCGCGGGAAUCAAUAUGGCGGAUGACAGGUCUCCUCCGGUUCUACAUUCUUUGCAGUGUCCUGUUUGUUUUGAAAGCUUCACACCUGCAACAAUUAACGACCACCUCGACGCGUGUCUUCAAGAAAGUUCUGCUGACAGCAGUCCUUCAGCCGCUGCCGAGACCGGACCUCCUGGGAAGAGGUCUCGCAUUAGGGCCGAACCUGUCAACACACCCAGCUCUCCUUCCUCCAUGGCCGGAACACAGUCCAGGGUCUUUUCUCUGUUCAAGACAAACAAGGAAAAACUCAACGUCCAACCCGAAAGAAGUGGUGUGUUUACGAGUAAACAAAGUCCAGCCGGUAAGGGGAUUAAACGUGUGCUGACAGAGACUGAGUUUGGGUCAGCAGGUACGGAAGCCCAGCUGAGCCAACUGCCUAAAAAUGAGACUCAAUCACCGCGGACGUUGUUUACAUUUGACAAACCUUUGGCUGAGAUCCUGAGGCCAAACACACUGGAGGAAUACUUUGGUCAGAAUAAAGUUGUAGGCCAGCAAACCCUCAUCAGGUCACUUCUGGACUCUCAGGAGAUCCCGUCUCUGAUCCUGUGGGGUCCACCUGGAUGCGGAAAGACUACCCUUGCCCACAUAAUUGCCAGCUCAAGUAAAAAGAAGGGAUCGGCUCGUUUCGUCACCCUGUCGGCCACCAGCACGUCCACCAAUGAAGUCCGAGAGGUGAUCAAGCAGGCGCAGAAUGAGCUCAGACUCUGCAAGAGGAAGACUAUUCUGUUCAUAGAUGAAAUUCACCGCUUCAACAAGUCCCAGCAGGACACUUUCCUUCCCCACGUGGAGUGUGGGACGGUAACUCUGAUCGGAGCGACUACUGAGAAUCCCUCCUUUCAGGUGAACGCCGCCCUGCUGAGCCGAUGCAGGGUUCUGGUUCUGGAGAAGCUGUCCGUGGAGGCGAUGGGUUCGAUUUUGAACAGAGCUGUGGAAACUCUCGGGAUCAGAGUCCGGGGAGCACUGAAUUCCCAACAUGAAGACCUCGCAUCAAAUAUAUUCAUAGAACAAAAGGCUUUGGACACUGUGGCCUUCCUUUGUGAUGGGGAUGCGAGGAUAGGACUCAACAGCCUCCAGCUGGCGGUCCAGGCUCAGAUUAAGUCCACAGAUCCAAACCGGUCUCCCCGAGAGAUUCUGGUGACAGAGGAGCACGUGAAGGAGGGUCUUCAGAGGUCUCACAUCCUCUAUGACAAAGCUGGUGAGGAGCAUUACAACUGUAUCUCAGCUUUGCACAAGUCUAUGAGAGGCUCCCACGAGAACGCAUCCCUCUACUGGUUGGGCCGCAUGCUGGAGGGGGGUGAGGAUCCACUUUAUGUGGCCCGCAGAUUGGUCCGCUUUGCUAGUGAGGAUGUGGGUCUGGCAGAUCCCUGUGCCCUCCCUCAGGCAAUAUCCACCUUCCAGGCUUGUCACUUUAUUGGAAUGCCUGAAUGUGAGGUGAUCCUAGCUCAGUGUGUUGUCUACCUAGCACGAGCACCCAAGUCUGUGGAGAUCUACAAGGCCUACGCCAACGUAAAAGCCUGUGUGAGAAACCACAAAGGCCCCCUGCCGCCUGUCCCUCUGCACCUCCGUAAUGCCCCCACUAAGCUGAUGAAGCAGCUCGGCUACGCUAAAGGCUACAAAUACAACCCUGAGUUCAGCAGACCCGUGGAGCAGGAGUAUUUACCUGAGGAGCUGAGAGGAACCGACUUCUUCACCUGGUCACCGUCAAACCCAUGAGCAUCUCCAAUAACAAUUCACUCUCCCGGUUGUAAAUUUAAAACCCAAAGAUGCUGUGAAAAAUCAGCCUUUUGAUUUAAAAUCACAAAUGAAGGUAUGAGUAAGUAACAAAGCUUUCUUUUAAGCUGUCACUGCAGAGAUUAGCCAUUCCUGUUCUUUAAAAACAGUUUCAGAUGUUCGUUCCCAUUCAUUCUGCAAAUGCAUCUCAAAAUCUGUAUAUUUAAUAAAUUCACUUAACAUGAACAUGAAAA